AUGGCAUUCUGGAACCUAGGAGCUAUAAAUCUUGUAAGUCCUGUUAGUCAUCAGUCAAAGGAUACUUCAGAUGAUCUCAAAAAGAAGUUUACUAUGAUGGCUCACCAGUCUUCUUGGAUCUUCAUCAAUGAGCGGACAUUCAUUACCAAGGAACAGCUUGAUUCUUUAUUGAAGACUUAUAAUACAUUUUAUGAAAAUCAGAAAAAUCUUCACAUUUUAUAUGGACAGACUGAAGAUAAUAACCUCAUUGUUGAAGGAAUGUUGGACAUUUCCUGGGGAGUAAAACGGCCUAUUCAGCUGAAAAUACAAGAUGAGAAGCAAAUGCCUAUUUUGAAAUCUCCAGAUGUCUUUUCCAAAGGAAUGACACGCUGGGGGGAAUUUGAUGACCUUUAUCAUAUUAGUGAACUGGAUAGGAACCAGAUUCCAGAGUCUGAAGCAAUGAAUACCCAGGAAGAUUAUUUAUCUUAUCACAGCAACACUCUGAAACCUCGCGAAGCUCAAGAGCCAGAAUCCCCAUUGCUAUAUCGAACCAUGAGUGAAGCAGCUUUGGUGAGGAAAAUGAUGCCUCUGAAGAAAGACAGACAGUACCACAGGGCUUCUAUUAAUGGACACUUUUAUAACCACAAAACAUCAAUAUUCACACCAGCCUUUGGAUCAGAAACUAAAGUCAGAAUAAACAGUAAAAUGAGUACCACAGAAGUAAUAAAGCAACUUCUCAAAAAAUUUAAGAUUGAAAAUAGUGCCCAAGAUUUUGCCCUGUAUAUUAUAUUUUCAACAGGAGAGCAGAAACGACUAAAGAAGACAGACAUACCAUUACUACACAGGCUUAUCCAGGGACCUUCCAAGAAUGAAUGCCGAAUUUUCCUCAUGGAUAAAGACACAGAAGAAAUUAGCAGUGAUGUGGCUCAGUAUAUUAACUUUCACUUUUGUCGCCGUGGAAUCCAUUCUCAGAGAUUAAAUGAAGAAGAGAUAAGGGAGAUUGAAAGAACAAAAUCAAAAUUCACAAAAGAAAAGGCUUAUAUACUGGAAUUUAUUAGAAGUAAACGGAUAAUAAAAACAGAAACAACAGUUUAG